AUGUCGUCCAGUGAUAGAAGAUCCAGGAAUCGGGACAGACACUAUGAUGAGGUCCCAAGGGACUCAGACUAUCCAGAUGGCACUGUAAGAACCUUCCAGACUCUUCGAGACAGUGAGCUGGCCGUGAGCGCUGAUCCAUUGCCACCACCCCCUCUCCCAUUACAGCCGCCCUUUGGCCCAGAAUUCUACUCAAGUGACACAGAGGAACCGGCCAUAGCGCCAGAUCUCAAGCCUGUAAGACGCUUUGUCCCUGAGUCCUGGAAGAACUUCUUCAGAGGGAAGAAAAAGGACCCGGAGUGGGAUAAGCCGGUGUCAGACAUCAGAUACAUCUCCGAUGGAGUGGAGUGUUCACCUCCAGCCUCGCCCACAAGAUCAAACCAUCGUUCACCCCCCAACUCCUGCAAAGAUCCUCACAGCGGGUCCGAAGGCAGCUGGCGUUCCCGGAAAGAGACUGAGGCCAUGUUUCCUCACGAUCCCUAUGGAUCCCUAGGCCGACACACACACACAGCUCGAACCUACAGCGAGAAGGUAGAGGAGUAUCACCUUAGGUAUUCCUACAUGAAGUCCUGGGCAGGCCUGCUUCGGAUCCUGGGGGUGGCCGAGCUGCUGCUGGGGGCCGGCGUUUUCGCUUGUGUCACGGCGUACAUUCACAAGGACAGCGAGUGGUAUAACAUGUUUGGAUAUUCACAGCCCUACGGCGUGGGUGGCCUGGGCAGUACCUAUGGGGGCUAUUACUACAGUGGCCCCAAAACCGCUUUUGUCCUUGUGGUUGCUGGCUUGGCCUGGGUGACCACCAUCAUCAUCCUGGUGCUUGGCAUGUCCAUGUAUUAUCGGACCAUUCUUUUGGACUCAAAUUGGUGGCCCCUCACUGAAUUUGGAAUCAAUGUCUCCUUGUUUAUUUUGUACAUGGCCGCAGCCAUAGUCUAUGUGAACGAUACCAACCGAGGGGGACUCUGCUACUAUCCGCUAUUUAACACGCCAGUGAACGCAGGAUUCUGCCGGGUGGAAGGAGGACAGAUAGCAGCCAUGAUCUUCCUCUUUGUCACCAUGAUCGUCUAUCUCAUUGGUGCUUUGGUUUGCCUAAAGUUGUGGAGGCACGAGGCGGCUCGGAGACACAGGGAAUACAUGGAGCAACAGGAGUGUGAUAUGGCCACCAGUUGUGAGAGACAGAGAGACCAAGAAGUUAAUUUUAAAGAACUAAGAGCAACAAAGAUGAAACCUGAACUUCUGAGUGGACACAUUCCCCCGGGCCACAUCCCCAAACCGAUCGUGAUGCCAGACUACGUGGCGAAAUACCCUAUGAUUCAGACAGGUGAUGAGCGAGAACGCUAUAAAGCUGUGUUCCAGGACCAGUUUGCAGAGUACAAAGAACUCUCCGCAGAAGUUCAGGCCGUCCUGAGGAAAUUUGACGAGCUGGAUGCCGUGAUGAGGAGACUGCCGCAUCAUUCAGAAAACCAGCAGGAACACGAGAGAAUUUCAAGAAUCCACCAAGAGUUUAAGAAAAAAAAGAAUGAUCCUACAUUUCUAGAAAAAAAAGAACGCUGUGAUUAUCUGAAGAAUAAACUUUCUCACAUAAAGCAAAGGAUUCAAGAAUAUGAUAAAGUAAUGAAUUGGGAUGUACAGGAUUAUUCUUAA